GAAUCCAAAGCAGGCUCCAGGCUCUGAGCUGUCAGCACAGAGCCCAACGUGUGGCUCGAACCCAUGAACCGUGAGAUCAUGACCUGAGCUGAAGUCAGACGCUUAACUGACUGAACCACCCCAGAAGGUGUACAUUUCUAUAUGAUGUGUUCACUGUUCGGAUUGUUCCAUCAGGUUCAAACUUAGUCUUUCCAUGCUCAAAGCUGUAAUAUACAUUCACUCUUAUGUUAUUCUAGGUUUUUUUGCUUAAUCAAAAUUAUAUUUGACUCUUUAACCAAGAAUUCUUAAACUAUAUUGAUGCUUGAAUUAAUGUAAGCAAGAAAAUUAUGCUUUGGACUAUAACUAUUUUGGGUAUUCAAAUUAAUAUAUUAAAAAUAAACAAAGAUGGGGCACCUGGGUGGCUUAGUCGGUUAAGCGUCCGACUUCAGCUCAGGUCAUGAUCUCACAGUCUGUGAGUUCGAGCCCCGCAUCAGGCUCUGUGCUGACAGCUCAGAGCCUGGAGCCUGCUUCGGAUUCUGUGUCUCCUUCUCUCUACCCCUCCCCUGCUCAUGCUCUCUCUCUGUCUCAAAAAUAAAUAAAAACAUUUAAAAAAUUAAAAAAAAAACAAGAAAAUAAAGUAACUGUUUAGACUAUUAAGCUUAGUAUUUGACUAUCUUGGGUAUAUAUCAUAGUCAGCAUUUGGAAUUGUUUCAUUGGAUUGUGAACUACAGUGCUGUGGCUUUAAAGAAGUAGUUUCCCUGGUCUUGAGAUAUAAUUGUUUACGGUUGCAGUAUUAUAUUUAGCCAUCUCCCUCCUGCUUCUUGGGUCUUUCCCAAAUUAUGUGGCAUGAAUCUUAUAAUUUUCUUAUUUCUUUGUUAAUAUCUCUUCUGUCUUAAAACAGAUUAAGGCCAUCCUCCUGUAAAGUUUCACAUCCAGUCUCCAACAUGACAGCACAGUUAACGACUCACCCAGCCCAUAAAUUCACUUAAAGUUGGAUUUUUAUAUAUGCAGAGGAGCAAUGCUGUAUUAUUCUUAUAAUGAGCUUUAAAGUUUGGAGAGAUUUUUCAUUUAAUCCUCUCAGGGUACCUGUAAAGUUAGCUAUUAUUCCCAUAUUAUAGAUGAGAAAACUAGGAGUUUAAAGGGGCCUGAAUAAAUCAUAUAGUUAGGAUUUGCAUCUGUGUCUUUUGACUCCUACUAGUUAAUUGGCUUUUCUAGGGUUUUAUUUCCUUCCCAACUGAACAGGUCGGUUUUUCUUACUAAAGUGUGUUCUAAUGACAUCAGUGUGCUUUACCCCAUUUAAGUUAAUUUGCUUUGUUCUGAUAUAGACUGUUGGUGGUGCCCUUAAUGGCAGUCUGCAUCUCUUAGUGCAUUAACAUGGCCACACUGUGGAGCUGGGCUGAGAGGUCAGCUUGUCAGCACUUGUGAAAACUAUUCUUUUUGGUGCUUUUUUCAUAUAUGAAGUACAUCUGUGUGUGUGUGUGUGUGUGUGUGUGUGUGUGUGUGAGAGAGAGAGAGAGAGAGAGAGAGAGAGAGAUUACAGACACAGGCACUUGAGCAAGAUUGCCUACGUGUGAAUCCUGCUCUUUCAGUUAUUAGUUGUGGGAUGUUAAUACAAAGUAUUAACAGGGUAUCCUCACAGGGAAGUUGUGAGGAUUAAAAGUUAUUACAUGGGAAGGAUAAUAUAGCGUUCAAUAAUUAUAACUGUUAUUACUAUUAUUAAUUGAUGUUUGCUUAUUAUCUAAGACAUGUUGUGUUAUUUUUUAAUUAAUGGCUAUGUCCUUUACUGAUGUUAUUUGUGUUACAUUAUAUUGAAAAAUAUUUUAAAUAAAGGCAAAAGCCAUAUUUGUUUCUAAAUAUACACUUCAAAUGCUAACUGUCCAUUACACAUGAAAACUUUAAUCCACUAAUUAAGUAGUCAAGAUCCCCAAAAAGUGUCAUGUGGGAAAUUGCAGAACCUUGCAUCCUCAGAGUCACCAGGAGAACCUGUCCUUUCCAAAGAGUCAGUUUGGAACCAUGGGUGAUAUGGUACACAUCUCUGAGAAUGAAUAAAGCAUCUCUUCAUGUAGUCUGCAAAAGUCAGAGGUCAGUAAUCCUGGAUUCUCCUGUCACUAAUUUGCCUUGGAUAAAUAAUAUAAAAACAUAACUGUGGCCAGAUUCCCUUAAAACACUUGGAGUUAAGGAAUUUCUAAAUAUUUUUUGCUUUCUUUCUUCCCUCCUGCUAGCCUGAGACUCUUUGGUGAAGAGCGAAGAUUGGCAUUUACUCAUAGUGGCCCAGAAAAGAUUGAAAAGGGAGGACUGUUUUAAAUGUAGGUUUUAUUAUUAUUCAGUUAUAGUGAGGCCAACAGCAGGAGAAAAGGUAGCUCUUGAAAAGACAGUUUGUUAUUCACAGUCCCUAAGAGGAGGGGGCAUACCUUACCAGGCAGGGUGGGAGAAGCCAGGGUUGGGGAAAGUACUAGGGUUGGUCAGUAGGCAGAAAGUGUGAGAAUGGCUAGAGCCUUUAUUGUGUUUUUCUUCAGAAGGAACAGGCAAGGCAGGGUAGGCAAGCUGAGCAAGUUUAGGAUUGGAUAGUUUGAUUUUGGCAAACUACAGUUAUCCUCAGGUGUCUAGUAUCUGACCUUGGUGUGUUUAGGGCUGGGGAAUGUUGUUCUGGACUGCAGGAGCCUGAGAAAAGGUAGCUGUGGACUCUGGAUUGGUUGGUUUGCAUAUCAAAGGCCUGCUCCUGGCAAGUUGUUUGCUCUCUCUAGGAAUUAGCUAACCCUCUGAGAGGCAGUUCCUUUCCUAGUCUGCAAGGCCCCAAGAUGUCAAAGCAUUAUAAAAUACAGAAAAACAAAAACCAUGAUUAAUACAUGGACCAGGACUUUGUAUCACAGCUUCACGAUUUAGUAGCAGAGCAGAGCAAAGAUCAUAGUAGUGAAUCAUAUUGACAAUGAGAAGAGGCAUAAAUAUGACCUAGAAAAGAGUAUUGAGAGAAAGCAUUUGAUAUCUAACCCCCUUCUCCCAAUUAUUUUUGAAGUUACUGUUGUGUUUUGGAGAUACGCUUUCUUUUGUGUUUACCAUAGUCCAAACUCAUUUUUACUGGUAGGCUUUGGGAAGUAUUCACAGUCUACAUUUUGUACAAGAUAAUUUUCUUAUAGUGUGUGUGAACUCUUCAGAGGAAAAAUGGCCCUCAUGAGGUUUUUUAGAGUGGAGGGGUGGGAUUCGGAACCCACUGCCAAGAAAGAAUCCUUGAAGACGUCUUUGGUGCAAGAAAGGUGAUUUUAUUAAAGCACUGGGACAGGACUUAUGGUCAGGAAGAGCUGCCCUGGGACCAUGAAGAGAGACUGACUAUAUACUUGGCAGUUGAGAGAGGAAAAUCAUGGGUACUUGAGGCUUGAACUCAUGAACUAUGAGAUCGUAACCUGAGCUGAAGCUGGAUGCUUAACUGACUGAGCCACCCAGGCGACCCCCAUUUUUUUUUUUUUUAAUGUUUAUUUUUGAGAGAGAGAGACAGCAUGAAUGGAAGAAGGACAGAGAGAGACACAGAAUACAAAGCAGGCUCUAGGCUCUGAGCUGUCAGCACAGAGCCUGACUUGGAGCUCGAACUCAGAAACCGUAAGAUCAUGACCUGAACCAAAGUCGGAUGCUUAACUGACUGAGCCACCAGGCUUCCCCAGAAUGCGCUUUUUAAGUUUAGGCACAACUAUUACAACUUUUCAAACUAAAAAUGAAAAAGCCACUGAAGCAUGCUAUAGGUUUCUAGUUCUAAUAAAGUAAAUAUUAAUGAUGUUAACCUAAAAAAUAAAACUGUUAUUUUACUAGCAGAAGCCUCAGUUCUUUUUGCUGCCACAGUAAAGAAUUACAGGACAGAUAAAUGAAAGUAAAGUGAGAAAAGUUUUAUUAAAGUACACUCCAAGGGAGAAGAGGGCCAGUCAAGAGAGGCAAAGGCCCUAGAAACUCCAAUUUUUUCUUUUGUGUGGGUCCUAGGGUUGCAACAUUUGAAUGACAGGCUUGGAUUAUACAAUAAAUAGCUAACUAAGCAUGCCCUUUCCUGUGAAACUGCAGCAGUAUUUUUAUUCUAGAGACAUAGGUCAAAUAAGGGCAAGCACAACAAACGUAGCUCUUCCUCUGCCAGGAUCUGGUAACCAUAAACAGCCUGCUAGAGGGGUGAAAUGGGGUUGUCUCUGGGCAGUCCUCUGUUGGGUCUUUCCAUCAAGAUGUCUAAGGUCCAUCAUCCUGUCACUCAUGCCUAGCUUCCACCUAACAGUGAUGGUUUCCCAUCGUCUGAGUUGUGGCUGAGCUGUUGCUGGGCAAGGAGAAAAUCUUCCACCUGCUGGAGUAGUAAAUUGGAUUCUUCCUGCCCAGGAAUGUGAAGUAAGCUGUGAUGGAAAACUCCUUCAGGGCUUCCUGACUCCAUCCUAAAUGAGGUUUCCCUCAACUAAUAUUUACAGGUAUAUGGGAAUUCUCUGUACUUUCUACUUAAAUUUCCUGUAAGCCAAAAACUAUUAAAAAGUCUAUUCAGAAAAACAUCUAACUUUUCAAGUCUUAAAAGAAACAAAGCUAAGUACCAACUCUCAGUUCUGUGCAAGAACUCUGAUUUAACAGACCUUAAUUUCUAGAAGGGAUGUUAAAACAAUUUUUGAAAUUCUUUUUGUAAGCGUAAGUAAUAUUUGGAGGAUUCAUUCAGUUUUGUAUCAUUAGGAUUUACAGGAUAAAAAUGCCAUCGUAUAUGCCAAUAUUUUUUACUUUCUCUCUUAUUUUCUUAUAUGUUCUAAUCACUGUGAGGAAAAUGCCAGUGCUGGAAACAGAAGGGAACCUUAACAUAUACCUGGAAAUUCAGACAGUUUCAGCUGCAAGUCUUUCAGAUUAUAAUCCUGUUGAGGCAGGGGAUGCUGACCUGACCUGCCAUCACCUAACAGGGGUUGAUAGACUUUUUCUGAAAAGUGAGAUAGUAAAUAUUAGGCUUUUCUUGGCCUUAAGGUUUUUAUUGCAACUACUCAUCUUUCCUGUUGCAGUGAGAAGGCAGUCAUAAACAACAUGGAAAUGAAUUCACGUAGCUGUGUUCCAAUAAAGCUUUAUUUACAAAAACGGGUGGGCAGACCAAAUUUCUUGGUUGCUGUAGUUUGCUGACUCCUGAUCUAAAAUAGACACUGGAGAAGCUCAGUGAAUAAGUAAAUGAAGAGAUUUAAGAAGAGAACUCUCAAUAAAUUCCCCAGUUAGGACAUUUGUGGACUGCAUUCUCUGACCAAAACAAGUAAACAAACUCUGGAAUAAGAAUGAAGCAAGUAAAAGCUGGAAUUAAAAAAAAAAAAAAAAAGUUCCACAAUAAACUGUUAACUGGAAGUUUUUAAAGUUUUCUAAAGUUAAUCUUGGAUCAAAGAAGAAAUAAAAACUGCAACUACGGAUCAUUUACAAGUGAGCAAUGCAACCACUGCUUGCCAAACCCUAUGGUGUGACUAAAGCUAUAAGUAGGAAAAAUGGUGGCCUUAAAAGUUAUUACUAAAGGAAGACUAAAACAAAUGAACUAAGAAUUCAAUCUAGACAGGUAGGAAAAGCAAAGCAAAAUAAAAUGCAUGGAAGAGGACUUAAGCAAAUGUUGAAGCUGCAGGUUGAAGCUAUAGGUAAUGAACACCUCUCCUGAAAAAAGGUAGAAUUUAUAACAUAUCAAGGUCUGUUAUUAUAAAAGGUCACUAAAACAGUAAGCAUUUACAAAUCUAACCAUGAAAAAAGAGAUAUUUACAGAUACUGAAGACAAUGAAAAAAGUGAUAAAACCACAGCUAUUCAAGAAAGUAGUGUGAUACUAAAUUUGAAAAUCAGAAUGAAAUAUCUAACUUUCUGAAACAUACUAAUUAUUUUAAGAUUUAUAAAAUGUGGUUCCAUAAUCAUGAAGAAAAUUCUCAAAUAAUCUUAGCUAAUGAUGCAUUAGAUGUAGAUUGUUUUACAAGCAAGCAACAGGAAACAUAUAAGGAAUAGAAUAUUUCUAUAAUUAAACAACUGUAAGAUAGCAGAUAGGAAAACUUCACAUUCUUUCUGUAAGGCCAGCAUAGCACUCCAGAUAUAGUAAAUGCUCAGUAAUAUUUGUAAACUACUGAAUGCUUCUUGAUAUUACAAUAAAUGAGCAAAGAAGUACAAGAAAAGAUAAUUUCUGACUAACUGAAAAUAAGAUUUAAGAUAUAAAACUCUUAAAGUAGUAGCAAAUCAAAUCCAGGAAUGUUUAAAGGAUUGGUAAAAUGGAACCAAUUAAAGUUUAUUCCUAGAAUAUGAACUACUUCAUUAAGAAAUUUAUUUCAAUUCAUUAUAUUAAUAGGUAAAAAUAAAGUUAUGUCAAAAGAUGCUGUGAAAAUAUUUGAUAGAUUUCACUGUCCAUUUCUAAUUUUAAAAACAGACUUUCAGUGAACUAAGGAUCGAAAGCUGUUUUCUGUAACAUAAUUGUUACUAUGUAAUAAAAUAGCAAACAGCCUACCUAAUGGUACAGUACUAGAGCGUAUAUUCUCUUUUUUUCUCUUUAAGAUUUUAUUUUUUUAUAUUAAAUAUAAUUUAUUGUCAAAUCGGUUUCCAUACAACACCCAGUGCUCAUCCCAACAGGUGCCCUCCUCAAUGCCCAUCACUCACUUUCCCCUCUUCCCCACCCCCCAUCAACCCUCAGUUUGUUCUCAGUAUUUAAGAGUCUCUUAUGUUUGCCCCUUCCCUCUCUGUAACCUUUUUUUUCCCUCCUUCCCCUCCCCCAUGGUCUUCUGUUAAGUUUCUCAGGAUCCACAUAUGAGUGAAAACAUAUGGUAUCUGUCUUUCUCUGCCUGACUUACUUCACUUAGCAUAAUACUCUCCAGUUCCAUCCAUGUUGUUACAAAUGGCCAUAUUUCAUUCUUUCUCAUUGCCACAUAGUAUCCCAUUGUAUAUAUAAACCACAUCUUCUUUAUCUAUUCAUCAGUUGAUGGACAUUUAGGCUUUUUCCAUAAUUUGACUAUUGUUGAAAGUGCUGCUAUAAACAUUGGGGUACAAGUGCUCCUGUGCAUCAGCACUCCUGUAUCCCUUGGGUAAAUUCCUAGCAGUGUUAUUGCUGGGUCAUAGGAUAGAUCUAUUUUUAAUUUUUGAGGAACCUCCACACUGUUUUCCAGAACGGCUGCACCAGUUUGCAUUCCCACCAACAGUGCAAGAGGGUUCCCGUUUUUCCACAUCCUCGCCAGCAUCUAUAGUCUCCUGAUUUGUUCAUUUUAGCCACCCUGACUGGUGUGAGGUGGUAUCUGAGUGGUUUUGAUUUGUAUUUCCCUGAUGAGGAGUGACAUUGAGCAUCUUUUCAUGUGCCUGUUGGCCAUCUGGAUGUCUUCCUUAGAGAAGUGUCUAUUCAUGUUUUCUGCCCAUUUCUUCACUGGAUUAUUUGUUUUUCAGGUGUGGAGUUUGGUGAGUUCUUUAUAGAUUUUGAAUAUAGAGCAUGUAUUCUCAACAGAAACUGUAAUUGAAAAUUAGCCCAUGAGGGGACAAAAAAAGAUCUUAAUUUUUAUGCAUAAAGUACAUAAAUGUGGUGUAUUUAUGAUAUUAAAAUUUGGGGGGGGCAAUGAGGAUAAAACCUAAAAAGUCUCUUUACUUAGAAGUAAGACAAAGAUACUUGCUAAUACUGGAGUUAUUUAAAUUUUGUUAAUGUUUUUUAUUUUUCAUAAAGAGAGAGAGCAUGAGUGGAGGGGCAGGGGAGGGCAGAGAGAGAGGGAGACACAGAAUCUGAAGCAGGCUCCAGGCUCAUCUGUCAGCACAGAGCCCAACGUUUGGCUCAAACUCACGAGCUGUGAGGUUAUGACCAGAGCCGAAGUCGGACGCUUAACUGACUGAGCCACCCAGCCACCCCAGUAAUGGAGUUAUUUAGCAUUGUUUUAGAAGUUAUAUAGCAAAAACAGUCAGGCAACUAAAAUAAGUGACACAUAAAUAUUGAAGAGCAAAUGUCCAAGUUAUGAUAGUAUUUGAAGGUAAUAAGAUUUUCUGUAGAGAAAACAUUAAGAAAAAGAUCAUUUGGAAAAUGAUUUCAAUUGAGAGAGACUCAGUGCUCAGUAAGUUGCCUGGCUUCAAGAUAAAUUACAUGGGCUUCUCUGUGAACAGAGCUGAACAGUUUAUUGACAGUUAUAAAUGAUUUGAAUAUGUGGGAAGAUUCAGUAUUGUAGAUAGUUUAAAUGUCCUGAGAUUAUCUAGAUAGUCAAUGUAAUUGAUAUAUUUGUUCAUUUAACAAAUACGUGUUGAGUGUCAGUGAUAUCCAGGUAGAUGUUCUAAAUGCUGGGUGUAUAGCAGUGUAUGGAAAUAUAAAAAACCCUUUUCUUUGGGACUUACAGUCUGGUUAGUAGAGGUAAAUAAAAGAAGCAGGAAUAUAGUAUGUCAGGGUCAUGAUAAUCCCAUCAAAAUUUUAGUAGGGUUAUUUUUAGAAUCUUACACAAUAUUUUAAAGUUCAUCUGGAUCAAUACCUAUGACAGGAUGGUUAAGAUAACUUGUUAAAGAUUAUUUGUCCUAUUGAAUAUUUCAUUAAAAUAACUAUGUUAUAGUUACAAAAUACGUCAGUGGGACAAAAUAUAGAAGGUCUAGAAAUAGUCUCAAAUGAGGAUUUUUGUCAUUAAUAAAAGUGGCAUUUCAGACUAGUGGAGAAAACAAUGGAUUGUUCAGUGAAAUGGUAUUUGGUCAACUAGCUAUUUAAUACUCCAAAGUAGAUUCCAAAUGAGUUAGGUAAUUAAGAAGAUAAAACAACAUUAAAGUACCAGAAACAUGACUUUGAAAGCAUGAUUCUAGAAGUAGCAAAGAAAAGGUUGAUAGGUUUGACAUUAAAAAAGACUCAAUUUCCUAAGAGCAAAGAGCACCAUAAACAAUGUGACAAGACAAAGGAUAAACUGGGAAAGAUAUUCACAGUGUAUAAAGUGGACAGAGAGUUAAUGUUUUUACUAGAGGUCUUAAAAUCAAGGAAAAUAAACCUAAUAAAAAGUUGCAAUGAUCAUUAAAAUGGAAUUCACCCACAAUGCAGGUUGAGAGCAUUUAUUUUACUUUGCCUAUCAAAUUGCUACAGAUUAAACAGAUUGCUACUACCCAGUGUCCCUGGUGGAAGGGUGUGUUGAUAAAGCUUUUCUGCAGGCCAGUUUGGUAAUAUGUACAUGUUAGGAUCUUAAAUGCACAACUUCUGACUGGUAAUUCGUCUUUGAAUGUACUGUAGGGAAAUAAUUGGAUAAAUGUGCAAAAAGUUUUAUAGAAAAAUGUUCAUUGUCAUAUUCAUCAUAGCAAAAAAUUGGGAAUUGUCACUUUGAUUAUACAUCACUACAAUGGAAUACUAAGCAGCCUGAAAAUGAUGUAGAUUUAUAUUUGCCAGUGAGGAAAGAUGGCCAUCUUAUAGUUUAUGUAUAAAAAUCAGUUGCAAAUGUAUGCCUAAGCAUGCUACAGUUUUAGAAAGCACAUGUAACUGUAUGUACAUAUAUGUCCUGGUUGAUGAAGACAGUAUUAAUGCAUAUACCAACAGAGUGAAAUGUGGUUCUGUGAAAGAUGAUUUCAAUUUUCUUUGUACAGUUUAGAAAGAAUAUUUAGAAGUUUCUGUGGUGGGAUGCCUGUCCUUUUAAUUAGCAGAGUGGAAACAGUAAAGCUCUUUUUAAGGGAGGAGGUAGAGGGAAGAUGAAGAUGGGAACAGAGGCCUUGGUUUUAGGGACCCCACGUCUGCCAUGCCUUGUUGCCCUUCUCAGGGGGCCUGCAGGUGAGUGGAACCCGAGUAUUGGCUCUGUUGGGACCUGCUACAUGGGUCGUCCCCUGCUGACCAAGCUCUGGAUGCCAUCCUCAUGGCAUCAUGAAGUUUUGUGCCAGCAUUUCUGGCAAAGACUUUAUGGAGCUCUUUAUUCACAUCUGCAGCACCGUAUCAAAGCUGGAGAGAGUCUGUGGGCUCCACAUGCCAGCACAAGUGUGCUUUAGGCCUGAUGACUGCAGGGUCAUCUGUGAUGCUAGAGUGUGGUGUGAGGUGAGGCGGGAGACUUUCCACUGGUUUCACAUGAAAGAUGUUUCAGAGGAGUUUAAUGAGAUUUAUUUAGAGCUGCCAUCUGAUCAUUUGUUCAGAGCGGUGAGAAGCACAGGGAAUGCCUCUGCCCUGAAGCCCCAGUUGACCAAUAAGUGGCCUCCCCACCUCGCUGUGGCUGUGGAGCUGCCAUUGCCCACAGGUUGGACUCUUAUGGUAACAGUCGAUUGAUUGCCUGUGAGGUUGCUUCCCAGAAUGGUGUUGGAAGAUUUCCUGGAGCCCAGUGUGCAAGCCCAUGAUGUUAGUGUUCGUCCUGCUUUGAAGACUCUGAAGAGCACUAUAGAAAGGCUAGCAAACUUGGGUGAUCAAGUGCUGGUUGAAGCAAAUCUAAAUGGCAAAAUGAACUUGAGGGUACAAACUGAUGUUGUGUCUGUUAAAAGUUAUUUUAACAAUUUUGGAAAUCCUUCCAAGUCUGCUCAGGAUAUGCCUCAAGAUAGAAACCCUAAGAAUAUGUUGCAAGUACUAGUGGAAAGUAGGAAGCUUCUGUAGUUUUUCGAGGGGCAGCAAAUAAAUCCUACAAUAGCCUUAUGCAAUAUUUUGAGCAAUACUCUUCUUCAUCUUGUUUUGGUUCAUGAAGAUGUCUCUUUUCAGUAUUUUAUUUUUGCUUAUAAAAAUUCAAGCGGCCUGUAUUUUUUUUUUUUUUCUUUUUAAAGCUUACGGUCUUUUCAAAACUGAAACAGACCCUGAGUUAAUUGGGUUGCAAGUCUGCACCCUCACUGACCUAUAUAGAAUGUACAUUUUGUUCAGCCCUUCUUCCUUUACAAAGCUUUUAUUAAAAAAGUCAUUGGUGAAAGAAUUGGAUAGUUCAUUUUUUAUGUUUCUGGACUUUUAUCAGUUUUUUUCAUACUUUUUAAGAUGCCAACAAGAAAAAGAUUUUCUAUUUUAACU